AAGCUAGGGUUAGGGUUUUGAGGUAGAUAGUGAGAGAGAGAUGGCGAAGUUCAACGUGGUACAGAAGAGGAGGAGAGCCGAGAAGGCACAGAGAAAGCGAGCGAUUCACGGCGAUCCGGUCAGUGCCAAGCUCAAGAACAAGCCGCAGCCGCUCUCCCUCUCCGGCAAGCGCAAGCGCAAGCUCUUCAAGAGAUGGCGCCGAGAGCAGAAGGAGGCUUUGGAGAAGGGUAUUGUGAGUAUGGAGGAUGUGGAGAUGGCUGUUUCCCAAGGAACAUCUGAAGAAACCGACAAAAACUCAACAAAAUUUCACUUGAAGAAGAGUGUGAAGCUCAAACAUUUGAAACGCAAAGGCAGCAGAGGUAAGAACAAAAUCAAACCUUCCAAACAAGCUGCAGCUGAAGUUCCAGUGGAGGACGCCAUGAUAGAGUAAAUGGUUGGAAGAUGGACUGUGUUUUGUUCUGUAAAAUUUGAUCUAGGUAAGGUAAGUAGGAAAUCACUUCAAAGAUACUCCAUUCUCAUUUUGCUUGUCCAAUGUAAUGUUUUUCUUUUGUCUCUCUUCUCAAUGAUGAUGCACCCUUCAAUCUAUGGGAAAGUUAAUGAAUUCCACUGGUCGAGUCCAGCUA